GUUUACCAAUAUGUGAAUAAUGGAGGAAAAUCACACCUGAACCAGCAUCUUCAGGACAGUGAAGCUCAGACAGGUGUGUUGGUGUGUUAAAGUCGUCUCAUAAUCAAGCACACAGCCGUGGCGUCUGCAGCUGUAUGUUCUGUGUGUAUCAUGAGCUCUGACUGACCUCACAAACACUUUCCUUAAGUAGCCUAUAUUUCAAACUCUACUUGAGUGGCCCUCUGGAUCGGGCUUCCCUGACACAGUGGGCACAGUGUAUCUAUGUACAAUCUACUGUAUAUAUGUACAAUGUAUAUAUGUGCUGUAUGUAUAUGUGAUGUAUGCAUGUAUAAACAUCUCUCUCUCUAUAAGCUCUUCCCGUUGGUUUCUUCACUCUAGUGGACCAAAUGCCAAUGACUUUGCUUUCUAAACAAGAGAGACAUGACUAACACAGUAACUAUGAUAUUUUAUUGUGAAUUCAAAUUAUAUUUAAAUAUUCAUAUUUAUUGAUAGAGUAUAAUCUGAUAGAUUUAUGAAGGCAGCAUCAUGUAUUAUUUGCUCUGAGUUCAAUUCUGUGACAGCUGAGCUAAAAAAAUUAAAUGGUGUCUGAAAGUUGUGGUUUGUGGUCAGUUUGUGUGUAGUAGGAAGAACUAGUAUUGUAGUAAUGAGACAUAUUUAUAGGUAGUGGCAGUUUCAUGACUUGACCAGUAGAUGGCAGCAAUGGUCCACACAUGCUGCUCACUAAAGGCCAGUGAUCCACAUUUGAAAAUGCCUGAAAAGUAGUUGUAGGAAUGAAUGUUACAGACACAGUGAACUGUAGUUUAGGAAGCUGAGGCCUGUUAGCUCAGAGGGACCCAGGUUCAAGACUGAUUGGAGUCAUUGUCAGGGUUUUGGACUCACGUUUUGUCAUCUGCCUGUGUUCCCUUCCUUUUUACCCAUAUUUGGUUUAGUUCCUGUUCUGUAUUUCAAAAAAAAAAAAAAAAAAAGAUACAAAGACAAUAAUUAAAUGGAAUUGUAGACAACACUUCGGGGGUUCGGCAGUUGGUGGUUGGGACAUGGUGCUCAAGCUUCCUGGUCUCUAUGUAACUCCGCCCAUGACAUUUCACCACUCCGUUACACUGAUGAACUGCUGCUGUUGGUGACAUUGAUGGUUUGUGAAAGCUGCUGAACGGGGGCACAAGUUUGGAAACCCAAGAAUAGCAUUAAUAGUUCUGAUAAAUAUUUUACAAAAUGUUAUGUUUAUGACAUUUGGCUUUUAUAAUGAAUUUGAGUGUUUAAGCAACUGAGAAAAUAUGGAAUAAGAAUUAAGAAAAAAAAAAAAAAAGCUCCUAAACUAAUCAAAAUUCUUAUGUGUUUAGUUUUACCAACAUUUCUCAUUCUGCAAGAAGCACUAACAAAACAAGAUCUGAAAACCACUGAUGUGAGCUUCUCGUCACACACAUGUGGUUUAUUUGGCAUUACAGCAUCAACUGGAAAUUCUUAGUAAUGCGUCCAAGUUAAUGCAAGCUGUUUAUACUUUGACUUGUACUUCCUCUUUCACAUUAUUCUCUCAGAGAAUGUUAAAAAAUAUUUUAAUUUUAUUUCAUAAUGAUAUUUCCCCCCAUUUUAAAUUCUUAUUAUCCAAUAAAAGGUUAGAAUGUUGUGAUUUUUUUAAAUAAAAGAUCAAAGGAUUAACAAUGCAGAUUAAUUUUCACAGCCUUCUUUGAUCAUAUUUACCAAGGGUGCCGAUAUUUUUGGCCAUGACUGUAAGUACAGCAGUGUUUCUUAUUUGUCACCAUGUAUAUACACUUCAGAUAAGUACCUUAUGUUACCACUCACUUGCCUGUAGGUACAAGAUAUUUACCAUGUAUGUACCAGGGAAGUACACAUACUGUAAAAUAAAGUGCUACCUGCAUUUCUUUAAACAUGACACAAUUUGAAAGCAGAGAGUCCUGAGACCUUGUUUCAUACCAACCUGCUCUGUCUUGUCUGUCGGCAUUUUGUCAGUUUCCUCUUUCCUCUGCAAUGUAUUUUUCACUGCGAACAUGGUGUGUAGUGCGAGAGCGGCAGUGUUUGUCGGGGGUGGCAACAACAGUAAUUAAGGAGGGCAGGUCUUUGAUGAAGUGAAAAUGAGACCAAUCGGACCAAUCACUGCAGAUUAGUGUUACGCAAACGAGGGGUUUGAAAAUGAAUCGUUGAACAAAUCGUUUGGGAGUCGUUGAGCAAGUAAGGUAAAAAUAAAUACAUAUUAUAAGACAAUGAAAGUGUUUUUGACCUUGCAUGCAUGUCAGUCUGUUGUUGGGUACUCCCAAAACCAAAAUAUGAACCUUUCAUUACCCAUAAUAGGGGGACUUUAAACAUAGGUGAUUGAAUGUUGCUUUGGUGUUGCCACCAGUGGCGCCUGCAGCCGUACAGCUGUACGCACUGUGCGUACCAUGAGAGGGCGCUAAUUAAUGCUGGGUUUUUUUACAUAAUUUUUACAGCGAUUAUUAAUCUAUCUGUGUACUGUACACUCACAUAUUGAGAAAACAAGAGAUAAUGAGAAUAAAUAAAGGUGUGCGUUUGUGUUUUAAAGUGUGUAUGUACUUGCAUGGUUGGGGAUGAGUAAAAAUAAAUCUAUUGGCUUUAGUUUUGUUGGCACUUUUUCCACACACAAAAGCAAUUACAAGUCAGAUAGUUAUUGUUUAAAACAAAGUUCAAAAUGAGUUAACACUCUCUAAAACAGCUAAUUUAGACAUUUGCCAAACGGCCUAAAACUAAUGAGGCAAAUAUUAGUUGUCACAUCGGCACCUGAGUCGGGGAACUCCAGGCCCAGCCCCAGUCUCUUUCAUCAGAUGAUUCAGAUCCAGCUGACAGCUGCUCAGCCUCCUCGCAUGGAACCGCUACCCUCCAACAGCAACCUUCUGUUAGUUCUGCCAAGCCACAGGUGCCUGCUGCUUGCUGCCCGGUUACAACAAGAACUGAUGUAGCAGAUAUUGGCACAUUUAAAUCGGCUACUGAUUCUGUUAAACUCGGUGCACUGCAGAGUAGAUUCAGACUACCCAGAGACUGGGUCGCUCCAUCAAGAUCCAUUUUUGGGAAACAAAGAAAAAUCCUAAUGAGUUUUUCAGUGAGACUUUAUAUCCAACAUUGAGAUACAGCAUAUCACAGGAUGGCCUGUUCUUUGUGGCCUGCAUGCUUUUCUCCUCUGGCGAGAUGACUCUCAGGACAAAGCCACUCAGUAACUGGAGUAACGUGAAAAAAAAUGUCACAAAGCAUCUAUCCACUCAAGCACAUCAGUUACGUGCUCAGUUAUGUGCAGCAGUGUGUGUACAGGAACGAUGCAGUCAAUUUGUAGAGCAUGAUCGUUCCCACCAAGACACAACAGAACACAACAAGUAUGGUAUCAAAGCAAUAAUUGAUUUAAUUGCUGUUUGCGGACAGCAAAAUGUACCUCUUAGAGGUCAUACAGACAAACGCAGCAAUUUCCAUGCGUUUCUUAACUCUCGUGCAGAUGGUGAUGUAACCUUAAAACAGUAUUUGCAGCUUGCACCUUCAAACACAAAUUACUGUGGUCAUCAAAUACAAAACAAAAUAGUUGAGUUGUGUGGGAAACAGAUUCAGAACACAAAUCUUGAGAAAUGCAAAUGAGUCCAGUGAUUCUCUCUGCUGUCGGAUGAAACAGCUGACAUCAGCAAUUCAGAACAAAUCUCGCUACUAGUCCGCUGUGUGGAUCGUGACUCUGGCAACUUUUCCGUUCGAGAGAACGUUUUGUGCUUCGUUUCCACUGCUGAUACCACUGGCGAGACGCUAACAAAAUCAUCACUGGACAAGCUAGAAGAAUUGAAAUUACAGUCUAGCAAUCUGGCGGGACAGCGGUAUGAUGGGGCUGGGAACGUAAGUGGCAAGGUGCGAGGUGUACAAGCCCACAUUAAACAGCUGUACCCGGCUGCCACCUAUGUGCAUUGCAGAAACCAUGCACUUAAUUUGGCGAUAGUGCAUCCCUUUGGUUCGAAAUGCCUUGAAUGCUGUACAAGACAUUGUAUCUUUCAUACCAGCUUCACCAAAACAGCUGAAAACCUUUUUAGUUGAAAGCAGCACGAAUCAGCAUUUACAAAAGUUUUCAGACACACGCUGGUCUCAGCACGAUGUGUGCAUUAGCACUGUCAUCCAAAACUACGAGAACAUCUAUGUGACAAUGGAUCAACUGAAGACUGAGGGGGACCCCAGGAUCUGCAAUACAGCGAUGUCUCUAGGCAGAACAAUGGAGUCGUUUGAUUUCAUUAUCAGCAUUAUUGUGAUUCAGGGUUUACUACAAUAUCUGAUGCCUCUUAGCAACAGUUUGCAAAACCCAACUUGUGAUCUACCGAGUGCUGCUAGUAAUGCAAGUGCAUUAGUGAUGCCGGGAGGAUGUGACGUUCGGAAAGAUGUGGGAUCAAAGUUGUGAGUUGGCUGCAGUCAAACACAACCAGCAACAUCACAAGAUGAAUAUUGGCAAUGGAAUCUGUUUCUUUCCUUCAUAGAGCACCUCGCAUCUGAAGUGAAAGACUGAGUUUGCCUUAAAGAACACGGCGGAAUUUUACCCAAAUUUACAUUGUGUACUGAAAGUACCUCCUAACAAUGCCAGUGUCCACUGCCUCUGCAGAGCGGUCUUUCACCAUAUUGAGGCACCUAAAGACAUAUUUAUGCAACACGAUGACAGACCACAGGCUCACUGGACUUGCCCUUAUGAACAUUCAUCCUGAAAUUAAAAUCAACAGUUUGGAAGUGCUUGAACAAUUCGAUGUGACCGGGAGGAGAUGAGAAAACCUAAAAUAGGUAAACAAGUUAUAUCUUUUAUUAAUAAUGUAAUGGUGUUUCUUGAGUAUUUGUGUGUUUGAGCACUCGAGGGUGAGGCACGCCCCUGGUUGCCACCCCUCACAAUCCUCAUGCCACCCCCUUGCCACCCUAAAAAUAAUUUUCUAGAUCCACCCCUGGAUAGAUGUGAGCUCAUAGUUGUGGUUUGGUUUGUUCUAUUUCAGCUCCACCACACGGACCAGUGAGGGAGGAGCAGCAGUUAUUCACUUUAUUGUGACAUAAAUACAUAAUUAUGAAAACAGCUAAUACCACCAUUACAAUAAAGAGCCAUCAAAAUAUUGCUCCAUUUCCCUUGUUCGUUGAACACAGCAGAAUACAACUUUUCAUAAUAGCACAUAAAUUCUGUUCAAUUUAAUACUAAAUGGGUCACGACAGCAUUUUUGGAGAAAACUUGCAUGUUAAUCAGUGUGACAUUCUGUGAAAACCUUUCAAGACUAUCAACAUUAUUCUGAAGCUCUGACGCAGGUUUCAGGAAGUCUUGAGUCUUUAACAGUCUGUCAUCAUUCAGUCAGUAUGGAGCUCGGUCAACUUCCUCUUGUGUUCUUGCUGAUUUCAAACAUCUACUCUCAACAUACUGAAGUGACCAUCAAACCUGCUCAACAUGUAUUCAGAGGAGAGACAGUCACUCUCAGAUGUGACAUAUAUGCUGAAGGAGUCUCUAGCUGGCAGUACAGCUGGUAUAAAGACAGUUCAGGCAAUGUUUUCAGUGAACUACAGGAACACACAUUCAGUUCUGUUACUGAGUCUGACGCAGGUAAAUACUCCUGUUAUGGAGUAGAGAGAGAAGGAUCACGAACAUCACGCAGCAGUGAUGAAGUUACACUGACAGUAUCAGGUGAGUUUGAUCAUCUCUUCACACACACACACAAGUUUAUCAUGUUAUUAAUGAGUGAUUUCUCAUCUUCAGAUCCCAGAGCAGUGUUAAGUGUUUCUCCACAGACGUGGUUGACUGAAGGAGAUCCAGUGACUCUGAUCUGUGAGGUUAGCGGCUCCUCUACAGGCUGGACAUUCAGCUGGUUCACUGAUACUGGUUCAUCAGACUACAGCAGUUGUUAUGAUCUGCUCUCAGACAGCAGCAGAGGAGCAGGAGGAAACUACACUGUCAGUUCUGCUGCUCUAAAUCACACAGGAGUUUAUGUGUGCAGAGCAGAGAGAGGAGAACCAGCCUAUAAAACACAGUACAGCAACACACAGUUAAUAUGUGUCACUGGUGUUUCUCCUCCAGUCUCUCUGAUCGUCAGACCCAGCAGAACUCAACACUUCACAUCUGACUCUCUCUCUCUGAGCUGUGAGGACCAGAGUAACUCUACUGGAUGGACAGUGAGAAGAUACACAGACAGCUGGCGGCUGGAAGAUUGUUCAUCAUUACGUCGAGGAUCACAAACAGGAUCUACAUGUACAAUCAGAGACACCAUCACACAUGACACUGGAGUGUACUGGUGUGAGUCUGAAUCUGGAGAGAAAUAUCAUCCUGUUAAUAUCACUGUACACCUUGGUGUGAUUCUGGAGAGUCCUGUUCAUCCUGUGACUGAAGGAGAAACUCUGACUCUACGCUGUUUAGAUCGACACACAACUCCACCAAACCUCAGAGCUGAUUUCUAUAAAGAUGGGUCACUCAUCCAGAGUCAAACUACAGAGAUGAUCAUCUCUACUGUCUUAAAGUCACACGAGGGUUUCUACUCCUGCAAACACCGAGAGAGAGAGUCACCCAAGAGCUGGAUCUCAGUCACAGCGUCUCAUUCAGGAUCUCAGAUCUCUGUCCUCCACACACUCAGUUCUGUUCUGGCAGUUUCUCCAUAUCUGCUAGUGACAGUCGUGCUGAUUUUCAAAUGCUGCAGGAUGAGAGCUGCAUCUGUUGAAGAGCAAGAAACUGCAAUCUGAUCUAAAUCUGUCAUGAUGGUGAGAAAACUCAGACUGAACAUGAUUACUUACUGUAAAAGUCAUGUUUUGAGAGAGACUCCUUUUGGCAUCUCACAGUUUUUAAAGUCAUCAUGAACCAGCAUCUCAACUCUUUUGACUUCUGAGUGAAACAAGAUAUUCAACGAAAAAACAUGUAGAGAAGAACUUGAUUUGAUCCACCAGGAAUUAAUUGUAUUGUUAAAAAAAAGUAGUUAUAUACAUUCUGCUUUUUUUUCUGCUUUACCAUCAUAAUUAGGGGUGUGCAAUAUUGAUAAAAAAAGGUUACAUCUCUAUUUCCUGGGUGACCAAGUUGUGUAUACAAGGUGUCGUAUUGGACAUACUAGAUUAACUCAUGAUUGCUGAAGAAGCACCAAAAUGUCAAUAUUGCAGGACUCACUUGACAGUGAAACAUGUGCUUUUGUUCUGCACAAUAAAGGUUAUUAUCAGGACUUGUUUUAUAAGAUGGACCAGAAAAACUUUUACAAUUUCUUUCAAAAGUAAAUUUAAAGAAUAUUUUACAUAAUUUGAUGUAUAAAACUUUGUUUUAUAAUUGCUUUAUUUAAUUUUUGUAUUUUGUAUCGUGUACUACUGUAUUGUUAUAAUAUUUGUUUACCAUGAAACAAUAGCAAUAAACUUAAAUCAAGUCAA